CGUUCCCACGAUCUGUUUUUGUUUUGGUUCUUACUUAUAUUACUCUCAACUUUGGACAAUUCAAUUCAAUUUAUGAAAAAUAUUAAUCAAGGUUCGAGGAUCUCAAAAGUACCCAAAAACGAAAUUUUCACUUUUAGGUUGAAAUAUCUGUAAAACCUUACGUAUUGGAAAUUUUUUAAGGACAGACUCGAUUUUAGCGCAUUCAAAUACUUCGGAAAAGCGUACGAAUGUCGCGUGCGACAUUAUGGAAAUGCCCAUAUAAUGGUGUAUAACCAUUCGCUGUGUAGAAAUAUUCUGACAUAAGCUCUAACUAAUUAGGAAAGACAGCAAAUGGUUGGCUCAAAAUAUAUAGGAAAAUUAGCAGCGAAAAAAAGGAAGGAUCUAUUAAGACGUUGUGCUUUGAAAAGGCCUGAUUAUAUGGAAUUCGAGGACGAAAAGGCAGAAGCAGAAGCAGGCCCUGGCAAAAUAGAGAACAAUGAAUCUUUGGAGCUAUUUUGUAGUGUCGAUCAUGACUAUCUGUUGGAAGCUCCCGCAGAACCGGAAUAUACCUUGAACCCGGCACAAGGAACCCAACCGAAGGAUCAGGUGAUUGAGCUGACGAGGAGGGUCCGAGCUUUGGAGGAGAAGCUUGAGGCCAACAACAAAAUUUUAGAAGCGAAUACAAGAGAGUUGGCAGAAAGUACCCGCCAGGUGUCGAAGCUGACGGCCUUGCUACAACUUUUCCUCAAGGGGAAAACAAAAGAUGUUGCAGUCGAUGUGUCGUUUCCAAUCCUAAAUGAAGAGGGUCUGGCAGCAUUAGAGUUGAACAUAAGCCCAACCACAAAAAAAGCCUACAUUCAAACCAUAACUGAUAUACUGAAGUACAGAACUCUUCCCAAAUCACUUAAAAAUGUGUUGGCAGAAGAAAUUCUUUGCGACUUCAACAUAGAUGGCGUGAAUGGGAAAAAGUCACUCAAGACAUUUCCGAAAUUUUUUUCGGUUUUAAUCCAUAGCAUAAGUAUGUUGGAGAAUCAGGGUCUGCCAGAAAAAGCCCUGGCACAUGCAUUAUCAUGUGCAAAAAACAAUGCAAACAAAAAAAAAAAAAAACAAAUAAAUAAAGACGUACAUGUUAAGAGCCGUUUAAGGAAUUAAAGUUAGUUUUGUGUUCAAUUUUAAUAUUCUUUUUAGCAAAAUCUUGUAAGGUACUGUAUUAAUAAUUAUAAUAAUA